AUGGCUGCUAUCUUGAAGCCGGUCACGCAGGAGCAGAUGUAUGGUCAUCAUCGAGCAAGUACCAUUGGCUCUGUGGCUAAAGGAGAGGCAAGAACCGCUCGGUCGUCAGUAGUGGUCACUGAUAUUGCAGUCCCAAAACUUCGUGAUCCCACAAAUCAGAAGAUUCCUUAUGCUCUUAGAGUGAUGUUUUUGAAGCGGAUUUUCGACCAGUACCUUGAAGUAUGUCCACGAGUUGAAGCUAUACGAAACGUAAGUGUAGACAUUAUUUUUUUUCGGUUCAUCUUAGAGUUCCAUCUCAAUAUUUUACGAUUUUGCGGUGCACUUUUCUGUCCUCCAUUUUGUGGUGUUACUUUUUUCAAAAACGUUUUUCUUUUGAAGCAUGAUCACGCUAACCGCGUUACUACGAACACAUACUGCACUGCCUUUCCUUUCUUUUAUUCAUGAGG